AGCAUAUUCUGUUCUGCAUUGGCGUUUUGUUAGCGUGUCAAUUUCUCAAAGCACCACCACACCCUCUCCUCUCUUCUAUUCUUUUAUCCCCACCACCUUCACACACUCUCUCUAUCUUCCCUCUCUUCUCUCUUCUCUCUUCUCUCUUCUCUCCGCACACGUGUCACGUGACCCUCGCUUCCUCCUUCCUCCGCCAUGGCCACCGCCGCCGACAAACUCCCCGCUCUCAAAUCCGCCGUUGCCGGAUUGAACGAAAUCAGUGAGAAUGAGAAGAGCGGAUUCAUCAACCUCGUCUCUCGCUAUCUCAGUGGCGAAGCGCAGCAUGUUGAAUGGAGCAAGAUCCAGACGCCUACUGAUGAAGUGGUUGUGCCUUACGAUACUUUGGCGCCAACUCCUGAUGGUUCUGCAGAGGUGAAGAAUCUAUUGGACAAGCUUGUGGUGUUGAAGCUAAAUGGAGGCUUGGGAACAACUAUGGGUUGCACUGGUCCAAAAUCUGUCAUUGAAGUUCGUGAUGGGUUGACAUUUCUAGAUCUAAUUGUCAUCCAAAUUGAGAAUCUCAAUUCCAAAUAUGGAAGCAAUGUUCCUUUGCUUUUGAUGAAUUCAUUCAACACUCAUGAUGACACUCAAAAGAUUAUUGAAAAGUACCAAAACUCGAAUAUUGAGAUUCAUACUUUUAACCAGAGCCAGUAUCCUCGAUUGGUUGUUGAGGACUUUUUGCCACUGCCUUCCAAAGGGCACACUGGCAAGGACGGAUGGUACCCUCCUGGCCAUGGUGAUGUCUUCCCAUCAUUAUCAAACAGUGGCAAACUUGAUGCACUAUUGUCACAGGGUAAAGAGUAUGUAUUUGUUGCCAAUUCAGAUAACUUGGGAGCUAUAGUUGACUUGAAAAUCUUAAAUCAUUUGAUCGAGAACAAGAAUGAAUACUGUAUGGAGGUGACUCCCAAAACAUUGGCUGAUGUUAAGGGUGGCACUUUGAUUUCUUACGAAGGAAGGGUUCAGCUCCUGGAAAUUGCCCAAGUCCCAGAUGAACAUGUCAAUGAAUUCAAGUCAAUAGAGAAGUUCAAAAUUUUCAACACAAACAAUUUGUGGGUGAACUUAAAAGCAGUUAAAAGGCUUGUUGAAGCUGAUGCCCUUAAGAUGGAGAUUAUUCCCAAUCCAAAGGAAGUUGAUGGAGUAAAAGUUCUUCAGCUGGAAACUGCAGCUGGUGCAGCAAUAAGGUUCUUUGACAAUGCUAUUGGGAUUAAUGUUCCUCGAUCACGAUUCCUUCCAGUGAAGGCAACUUCAGAUUUACUUCUUGUCCAGUCUGAUCUCUACACUUUGGAAGAUGGAUUUGUCAUUCGAAACAAAGCUAGGGCAAAUCCUGAAAACCCUUCUAUUGAAUUGGGGCCAGAAUUUAAGAAGGUUAGCAACUUCUUGGGCCGCUUCAAGUCAAUUCCUAGUAUUGUUGAGCUUGACAGUCUAAAAGUGGCUGGCGAUGUAUGGUUUGGAGCUGGUGUUGUCCUCAAGGGGAAAGUCAGUAUCGUAGCAAAGUCUGAUGUAAAGUUGGAAGUUCCGGAUGCUGCUGUCAUUGCAGACAAGGAAAUUAACGGCCCAGAGGACCUGUAAGAAAGCUAAAUGAGUUUAGAAGUGUGAGACUGUAUAUUCCCUUUACAGUCGCGGGUUAUUUCAAUUAUUACUACUCCCCAAGUGUGAUAGGAAAAGAUAAAUAAGUCACUUUUUGUUGAGAGGAUGUCUCGGUAUGGAGAUUUGCUUGCUGUCUUGUGUUUCUGCUUAGAACAAAAGAAAUUGGCAGGGUUAUUCUUCCCCUGUUAUGUUAGCGUUCAUGCCAUUUUGUAUAAUAACGUUUUUCAUUGCCAUGAGUAUUGAGAAGCGAUAUAAUUGAGGCUUAAAAGCAAAAUAUCACCAGUUUUGUCC